AUGGACGAUAUCAAACCCAAGCAGUCAAUAGAUGAAGGCGACGCUGCACUGUCCUCGGAUCUCAAAGAUUCGGAAGGCUACAUAGCUCAGGUUGACACAGAACACCAUGGCAACCUCAAGCUCGCCAAGGAUAGGCAUACCGUUCUGAUUCCCCAACCCUCUGACGACAUACGCGAUCCUCUUAACUGGAGUCCUGUCAAGAAACACGUUAUCCUCUUCAUCAUCAGUUUCGCAGCCUUUCUUCCCGAUUAUGGCAGUGCCGUCGGCGCUGUUACUCUCAUCCCCCAGGCAACGCAAUGGAACAUGAGCCAAGACACAGUUAAUCACUCCCAAGUUGGCAAUGUCUUCAUGCUCGGCGCAGGCGGUAUCUUUGUCGUUGCCCUCUCCGCAUGGGCAGGCCGUCUCCCCGUUUUAUUCUACUUCCUUGUCAUCGCUUCAGCUACGGCUGCUUGA